AUGAGCCUUGGCUCUGUCGGUGCAACAAUUUCUUUUAGGGAUUUACGUUCUCUAAGCUUGUCAAUGAGCCCUGGCUCUCAGUCAAGUCGUGUCACAACUUCAAGGCAGAUCUCACCUCCUGGAGCUGGAUGUAUAGCCAUGGAAACAAAGAAAAGAAGGUCUUCAAAAGUGGCUCAAAAGCAACUUAUUCAUAGGAAGUCCAUUGACACGUUUGGGCAGAGAACAUCACAGUGUAGAGGUGUUAAAAGAUGGUGUAUGUUUAUACGUCCCUCAGACGUAGAUGGACUGGUAGAUAUAAAGCUCAUAUAUGGGACUAUAGUUGCAAGAAGAAAGGAAGCCAAUAAACCUGCAAGAGCCUAUAAUCUUGCUGCUCUUAAGUAUUGGGGACCUUCAAUCCAAAUUAACUUCUCGCUGAAAAAUUACCAGCAAGAACUCGAGGAAAUGCAGAACACAAGCCGUCAAGAAUUUGUUGCUCACUUGAGAAGAUAA